AGUUUUAGUUCAGGGUUUGUCCUAGGUUGUGGUCCAGAUAUUGGCUAGUGCUGGUCAUCUGGAGGCUUGACUGGGGAUGAAGGGUGUGCUUCCAGACAGGCUACUCAUAGGGCUAUUCAUAGGAGGCCUCAGUUUCUCACUGGCUCUUGGCAGGAGACCUUACUUUCCUACCACAUGUGUUUCUCCAUAGGGCUCCCUGAAUUUCCUCACAACAUAGCUGGCCUUCCCUAGAGUAUGCAUUCUUAAUGGAGUGCUGUUGACCCCAUUAGGUGACAAUUGGUUCUUUAGAGGGAUCUAAAGAUCUAAAAACCUUAAGAUUUUAUAGUAACAUAUAUCCUUCCAAAGGGUGAUGGUACAUAAACAGGUAUAUAGUAUAUUUGUGGCAUUAAAAUUUUAUUGAGGGGCCUAUUAGGAAUAAAAUAUCUAGAAGGCUACUCAGGUGAGGAAUAAUGAAAACAAGGUUGAGAAACACUGGCUCAAAGGAAAUGAUCUAAGAAAGAGCAGGAUUUGGAAGCCAUAAUGCCAUUUAUGACUUGGUCUUAGAAGUAACGCACUGCCACUUUUGCAUCUUUCUUUUUGUUAGGACUCACUUGAAGGAGUAUCAAAGAAUUAUGACAUAUCUUAAACCACCACUGCAUGUAAAGAAGGAUAAGGGCAUUCCAAGUAGAGGAAACAGCAAGUGCAAAGGCUCUGAAGCAGGAAGAUGACUCAUGUGGGUAAAGCAUGGUGAGGGAGAGUGCUAUGUGAUGAGACUGGGAAAGGUACUACAUCAUGUAGGAUCUUGCAGGCCCUAUAAAAACUUUUACAUUUUAGGUGAAAUGAGUAUUUAAGUAUUUAAGCAGAGUCACAUGAUAUGGUUUACUUUUCAAAAAGAUCACUUUGACAAGAGUGUGUGGAGAAAUAGGUGGGACAAAAGUGAAAGCAUGGGGACCAAUUAGAAGGUUCCUCCAGGGGUCCAGGUGAGAGAUCAGGCACACUUUGACUAGGGAGCUACGUAGCAAAGGAGACCAAAAGAGGCAGAUAUGUUGCACUUUCAAAAGUAGAACUACAGUAGCUGCUGACAGAUUGGGAACAAGGAGGGGGUAAUCAAAGAUGACUUCUAUGUUUGGCUUGGAGGAUGUUGGUGCUAGUUAUCGAUGAGAAGACUGGGAGAACAGCAAAUUUGGAUAAAUGAAGAGCUUCGAUUUUAGCCAUGCCUUUCUAAGAAAAGUCUACAGCAUCCUUUCUCUGCAAGUUCUCUUAACUACAGUGGCUUCAACAGUUUUUUUAUACUUUGAGUCUAUACGGACAUUUGUACAUGACAGUCCUGCCUUAAUUUUGCUGUUUGCUCUUGGAUCUCUGGGUUUGAUUUUUGCAUUGAAUUUAAACAGACAUAAAUAUCCCCUUAACCUGUACCUGCUUUUUGGAUUUACACUAUUGGAAGCUCUAACUGUGGCAGUUGUUGUUACUUUCUAUGAUGUACAUAUUAUUCUGCAAGCUUACAUACUGACUACUGGAGUAUUUUUUGGUUUGACUAUGUAUACUCUGCAAGCUAAGAGGGAUUUCAGCAAAUUAGGAGCAGGGCUGUUUGCUUUUUUGUGGAUUUUGUGCUUGUCAGGAUUCUUCAAGUUAUUUUUUUAUAGUGAGACAGUGGAGUUGGUCUUAGCUGCUGCAGGAGCCCUUCUUUUCUGUGGAUUCAUCAUCUAUGACACACACUCACUGAUGCAUAAACUGUCACCUGAAGAAUACAUAUUAGCUGCUAUCAGCCUCUACUUGGAUAUCAUCAAUCUAUUCCUGCACCUGUUACGAUUUCUGGAAGCAGUAAAUAAAAAGUAAUUAAAAGCAUCUCGGCUCAACUGAAGAAUAAAAAAUUUUUUUUUUUAGUGAGAAAAAAAGGAUUAAAAAAGUAAUUGUAGCAGUAUAUAGAAACUUCCAUUAAGUAAUAAAGUUUCAGACAAUGAUUAAA